AAUUCUCUCCUCAGGUGAGACUCCUGGCUGUGGCCUAUGGGCCUCUGAGGAGGCAUUGUAAGUCUGCCCGGCUUCCCACUUACUGUGUCAGCACUCAAUGGGAAGGGAACCAAGGUCAGGCCAAGAGGCUCCAGACAUUGACACAGACUCUGCGAGGGGAAGCCAGGCUUUAUCCAGCCAUCAGCCACAAGGUCCAAACCGUGCAAGGAUGGAAGUCAAAGGUCAGCUGAUCAGCUCUCCUACCUUCAAUGCCCCAGCUGCCCUAUUUGGAGAGGCCGCCCCACAGGUGAAGUCGGACCGGCUUCGAGGGCUGCUUGACCGCCAGCGGGCCUUGCAAGAGGCCCUGAGCCUGAAACUUCAAGAGCUUAGGAAAGUGUGCCUGCAGGAGGCGGAGCUAACUGGUCAGCUGCCCCCUGAGUGCCCACUGGAGCCUGGUGAACGACCUCAGUUGGUACGCCGGAGGCCGCCCACAGCACGUGUCUACCCUCCACCACACUCCAAUCCAGUGCAGCACUCCUUGUGCCCUGCUGAGGAAUUGGCUCUUGAGGCCCUGGAACGAGAGGUGUCAGUGCAGCAGCAGAUCGCAGCUGCUGCCCGCCGUCUGGCCCUGGCCCCUGACCUCAACGGAGAACAGAGGCGGCGCAGGCGCCAGGUCCAGGUUGAUGCACUUCGAAGGCUGCAUGAGCUAGAGGAGCAGCUCAGGGACUUCCGGGCCCGCCUUGGCCUCCCGGUGCUCCAACCACUGCCACUGUCUGCGGGAGCACUAGUCAAUGCCCAGGGUGUCUGCCUGGGUACACGGCUCGCUCAGCUCAGCCAAGAGGAUGUAGUUCUGCACUCGGAGAGCAGCUCCCUCUCAGAGUCAGGGGCCAGCCAUGAGACCGAGGAGCCUCAUAGCUGUUUCCCUCUAACGGAGCGCCCAUCACCACCAAAAGCCUGGGACCAGUUUCGGGCAGUAUCUGGGGGGAGCCCCGAGCGACGUGCCCCAUGGAAACCUCCACCAUCAGAUAUUUACGGGGACCUAAAGAGCCGGCGCAACUCUGUGGCCAGCCCCACCAGCCCCACACGCUCGCUGCCCAGGAGUGCCUCCAGUUUUGAGGGGCGAAGUGUGCCUGCCACCCCUGUCCUCACCCGGGGCAGUGGCCCCCGGCUCUGCAAACCCGAAGGCCUCCAUUCUCGCCAGUGGUCCGGUAGUCAGGACUCCCAGAUGGCCUUUCCUCGGCCUGACCCUGCUUCGGAUCGGGCCUCCCUCUUCGCAGCUCGUACCCGCCGCAGCAAUAGCUCUGAGGCCCUGCUGGUGGACCGCGCGGCUGCUGGGGGAGCUGGAUCUCCACCUGCUCCGCUGGCUCCCCCUGCUGCUGGUCCCCCAGUUUGCAAGAGCAGUGAGGUGCUGUACGAGCGUCCCCAACCAGUCCCUUCCUUCUCUUCCCGUACCACCGGCCCCCCAGACCCUCCUCGGGCUGCCAGGCCGAGCUCAGCUGCCCCCGCAUCCCGUGGGCCCCCCCGGCUCCCACCGGUGUGUGGAGACUUCCUCUUGGACUAUCCGUUGGACCGAGGCUUGCCCCGCGGUUGGGGGGAGCUGCUGCCUGCUCCUGAAGUCCCAGGACCCCUUUCCCGCAGAGAUGGGCUCCUGGCCAUGCUCCCAGGUCCUCCGCCCAUAUAUGCGGCUGAUGGCAGCAGCCCCGUCCUCCGCAGCAAGGACCCCAACACCCGUGCCAUCCGUUCCAAGCCCUGUGGCUUGCCCCCAGAAGCUGUGGAGGGUCUGGAAGUGCAUCCCAACCCAUUACUCUGGAUGCCCCCGCCCACUCGGAUACCUCCAGCUGGUGAGCGAGGUGGCCACAAGAACCUUGCCCUGGAGGGGCUGCGGGACUGGUACAUCCGGAACUCGGGACUGGCCGUUGGUCCCCAGCGCCGGCCAAUGAUCCCGCACGUGGGGCCAACACACACCCCGUUCCUCCAUGCCCGCUGCUAUGAGGUGGGCCAGUCUCUGUAUGGCCCUCCCAGCCAGGCACCGCUCCCGCACUCCAGGAGUUUUACAGCGCCCCCUGUCUCUGGCAGGUAUGGGGGUGCUUUUAUUGAUGGGUAGGGGUAUUGGUUCAGAUGCUGACAGUAUCCUGACCUUGCAGGGACCGCAAGGCAGUGAGCUGUAGUCUUGGCAUGGAGUCACUAUCAGACCUAACUUAUAUUAGUCGUUGGGGCCCUGGUGAGGAGGGUCGUGGGUGUUGGAAGCAGUUCAUGCCAAGCUCUAGACGGGAGUUUCUAUCCUCCCUAGUGUAAGGCAGCUGUCAGUGAGCCUUGAAGUCAGGGUGCUGGGAGGAAGGGACUUGUGCUCUCCCUGGCUUUCUCUUCCAAGCUUACCCCAUGCUCGAGACCCUGAAGGUGCUGUCCUGUGCCUGUCUCCACCUCUUUAACAGCUGCUUUUCCUCUCUCUGUGUGUGUCCUAUCCGUCCUUUCCUCUCUUACCUUGUCUUCCCUACCUGUCUUCCGGAUUCCCGCUGUCCUUUCUAAAGAUACUACACGGACUUCCUGUAUCCCCCGGAGCUGAGCGCUCGUUUAAGUGACCUGUCGCUAGAGGGGGAGCAGUCUUCCAGUUCUGAUACCCAGACCCCGGGGACACUGGUCUGACCCUAAGCCCUGUGUCCGUCUGGACAAACUCCAGUCUGAGGAGCACACAGUCAACCUCGCUGAGCCCUGAGAUGUGGUUGCUCUUGGUCCUGAGGGACAACUGCCCGAUCUCACAGGACCCCUGGCUUCUUUUUGGCCCAGGAAGAUGUCUGAUACCCCUGCUUCUCUUCUCAUCCUGUGCUGGGGGGACUGGAGGACCCCAGCUAGCUUCAAAAAGGGGGAUAAUGGUGUGGGGACUGUGCCCCUUCCUCCAUUUCUGUUUACAGUUGUGAUUUAGUAUUCACUGUCUUUGCCCAACACUAGGUGUUUUAUAAAAGGGAAACUGUGAGCUCAUUCCUGGUUGGGUUCAUUCCUGUCCCCAUGCCCAGCCUGUUCCAUUCCAGAGCCACCACCCUGCCUCAACGAAAUGGACCAUAUAGAGUCUCGGGGCUGGGAGGGAGUCCACUGGGAACAGAACUCCCUGCCUCUGCCCGCUAGAGUCAUCGAGCAGAUGGACUUCUGUCCACAUUUGGAAGGAUGGAUGGCUUACGUGGGGUACCUGAAGGAGCUUUACCUCUCUCUCUGCCCAUAGCCUCUGUGCCGACCUUCCACAAUCAGAAGGCCAUAUAAGAGGUUGUCAAGAAACAGAGCCAUUUGAGUAUGUUGCAUCCUGGGAUGCUGCAGUGGUUAAACCUGGCAACUAGUGCAUGCCAGUAAAACCCUCAGGUGACAUCUGGCCAUGGGUCACAGGCCACAUCAUGUCCUCCUCGGCAUACCUUCUAUUUAUCACUUUUUAAACAAAUCCACAUAAGCUGUGUUUUCUAUAUUGUCUGUGACUUUCUGGAGCUGGGGGUUCCCCUACCCCCCUUACCUGGUGUUUAAAAUUUUCUUUUUGUACCAAUGGAUCUGGGCCCAAGACACUACUCACACUGGAAGGGGAUUUCUAUAAUAAAUGUAUAAACUGAA